CAUAAAAUCGCCCUCACACCAUACAUACAACCCAUACUUCUCGCAACCGACUCCUCGGGACUGCAACUGUACCAUCUCAUCCCAUCCUUCAGUUUCGCUUCUCCUCCUGCAUUGGUCAGCGAGCCGUGUAACAAUCCUUCCCAAGAAAAGAAAAAAAAAAAACUGCCUCUCACGCAGAGAGUCCUGCAUGUCGAAUAUGCGCCACAGUCGCCGCUGGAACGAGGGAUAUUGUGCUCGUGCAAGUUCCCACACUUAGGCCAUUCGUUGUCUCUCUAGGUAGGACUCGUCGGCGUAUAAUGCCACGUCCGAAAAGACCCGGCGCACCUGAACCGAAACGGCGAAGUCGAAAUGGAUGCUGGCCGUGUAAAAACCGCAAAAUCAAAUGCGGCGAGGAACGGCCCAAUUGCUUAAAUUGUCAGAGGACGGGCGAAACAUGUGACUAUAGCAUCCGUUUGAACUGGGAAGGUCGAAGGGGGAAGCGACCAGAGCCCGGCGUCGUAGACUUUGGCCGAGAAGUUCUAUCGCCGCCAUUGCCCGCCAGAGGGUUCAAGCUGGUCCACCAGUAUCCUCUAUCUGACGCUCCAGGAACGCGAAGACUUGAACCCCUUUCCGGGCCGGCAACUCAGCCAAAGGCUGAACGUAAUAAAGUACUUCCCCAGCCCGUAAUUCCUUUGGAGAAUUCGCCAUCCGCGAGUGUCGACGAUACGGACUCCUCCUCCGUGCCAAGAAGUAAGCGCGCGAAGCUGACGUCGGAUCAUCAGUCGCCUGACCUCCAAUCGGCGCGACUAAUUGAGCAUAGGCAUAAUUCCGCGGCGAGCUCAACUUUGGAUUCGAGCGUGGCCUCUUUCCGGUUCGCAGUUGGCUCUGGUUUGUCGGCUGGUUCUCCACUAACUCCUACUACGUCAUCUACAUAUAGCGACGACGACCAACGACACGCGAGUCGCAGGCUUUCCGUAAACUCGCUUUUGUCGGCACCUCCUGGCCCACAAGCUUUUCAAGAUGAGAACGCUAGCCGCAUAAGGACUGGCCUUCCGCCGAUAGACACUCGGGCGCGCAUCUCGACAGAAACCACUUAUCAUGGCAUUGAUCGAGGUUUUCCGGAUCAUGACCUGGGUAAGAACGACGAUAUGAUUGCUAUUAGCGGGUCUUCGCCACUACUACAACGCGAGUUCAUGGACGCCCCUUUCAUUGAACAAGGCGAUGAUCUUGUUUGGACCGAAUUCGGAUUCGGAGUAGAAACUAACGAGUUUAACGACGAGGAGGGCGGGUACUAUUCAAAGCCGGUGUCAAUAUACAUACCUCGAAAUCUCGAACCCCUUCCAUCGAAGCUGGUGGAUAAUCCUAUGAACCUUCUUUAUUUCCAUCAUUUCUUGAACCAUACAGCCCGAGUCCUCGUCCCUUACGAUGAUCCACACGCCAACCCUUUUCGGACAAUUCUCCCGCAAAUGGCUGUGAAGGAUGAUAACCUGCUAGCUCUUCUGCUGGCCUAUUCAGCUUCACAUAGGGCACGAGUCUUGAACCACCCAGAACCUACAAUCCGGAUCGCUUAUUGGGUGGACGACGUGUUCCCUGCCCUCCGGCAGGCUCUGGAUGACCCGAACAGGAAUUUCUCGAAUGCGAACCUAGCAACGGCUAUUAUGUUAGCGUCCCUUGAAAUAAUUUCGCCCAAAGUAUUUGGAUAUGACAUCUCGUGGCAGAGGCAUCUGGGUCUCGCGAGGGAACUUAUAACUGCGCGUCCAGGUGGUCUCCGUGGCCUACAGUCAAACUUCCGCCACGAUCCGGUCUGCUCUUUUCUAUGGAGUUGGGCUGCAUAUCUCGAUGUCAUCGGUAGUCUUAGUGGAGGCCCCAAAGGCUCCUCGUCAGCCUGGAUAUUCGACUACGAGUUGGAUGACAUCGACGACGGCUACGAUGAGAUAGACUGCAUAAUGGGUUUCACUACACGAUGCAUCUAUCUUCUCGCCAAGAUCGCUGAUCUUGCUCGUAAGUGCGAUAGCGACCGCAUUGGAGAUGAUCUUAAUAUGCGACAUGACUGGGAACCUAGUGAAGAAGUAUUCGAACAGGCCUCGAAGAUCGAAGCGGCGGUUACAGAGAGUAUGGUCCAGUCGCCAGUACCUUGCAAGCACAUACAUAAGAAAGGCGACGUCGAAAAAUGGGAUAGGCGCGAAAUGGAAGCAACAAAUGAGGCAUUUCAUUGGGCUGGGCUUGUCCAUCUAUACCGUAGGAUUAUGGGGAAGCCAUCCGAGGAUAGGACGGUUCAAAUGGCGGUACGAAAGAUCAUUGAAUGUUUUGGUCGCAUUCGACCGGGUGGGACGGCGGAAUCGUGCCUCCUAUUUCCAAUGUUCACUGCGGGAUGUGACGCGAGGGACGAAGGUCAGAGAGACUUGAUUCUUCGAAGAUUCGUAACGGCCGAGAAUCACGGAAUGACGCAGAUCCAUAAUGCACGCCGGCUAAUGCAAAAGGUGUGGGAGACGCACAAACCUUGGGAAACGUUGGUUAGCACGGAAUUCAUUGGAUAAUGGAUUCGGUAACUGGGAUAAUGGGGCAUAAUGUCUACGAUAUAAUGUUUUCUAGGUGGCUUAGGCCCUUAUGGUUGAUACCAACGACACGGAUCAUCGCAACCACAAACUGUGGUUUAUACGUUAUGAGAGAUAUUGAUCGAGAUGGAUGAGCAUGUGACGUUUUCAAAUCGUUGUCGAAUUGCAUAACAAUACAGUUAGUUGUAUGGGAAGAAAGAAUGAUAUCAGUUGAGCGUGAUCCUUUGAAAGCACUUGAAUACCUACCUAGGCAUGUAUGAGGUAGACGUUUUUGGGUCACACAUAUAUUGAAAGGCAUCUACAUGUCCAUGAGGUAUUCACGUGCCUGGUCACGAUGUAGAAUUUAUACCCGGGUAUCCACAAGAGUAGCAAGCUCGGAAGGGACGCAACUUUGCUUGGCGGCCAGGUACGAAGUAGCGUCCCGCUAUUCAAUGCUCUUGGCAUUGAGAUCUCGGGCAGGUUACACUUAGGUACCUCCUACCUACC